AUGGCGACCACCCAUGAUCGACCCAUCGGCUCGAUGAGUCUCGAAGGUGCGGAUGACCUCUUGGACCAUGGUCUCAACACAGCCGGUUUUGAUCCCGACGGCGUGACUUUGGUAUUGUCAUGGCACAGAUCGCACAUCCAGACGGGCUUGUGGCUUCUCGGUGUCGUCGUCGCGAUACAUGCCGCAGAGCUCCUUCAGGUCCGAGAUCUGGGGAUUGUGGGCCAGCUUCAGCGGGUUGGAGUAGCCCUGGCUGGGGCCGCGGCCCUUGUCCAGCUGGCCAGGAUUUGCAUUGCAUCGUAUGGCUUGAAAAAAGAGUGUCUUGGACGGCGGAAUCUGUUUUUCGGGGUUGGGUUGCGGCCGUCGGAGUUGGUGGUCGUCAAACAACCACCGACUCCGACGGCGGACGACCAUCCACACUCUUCUGGGCUCUGCUAG